AUGUUUCAUCCUGAAAAACCAAAGGAAAUAGAAAGAUGUUUAGAAUUGAUUUACCAAAAUAGCUUAGGAGAUUAGGCCCAGGAAGACUUGAUUAACGAUACUACCUAAGCAUUUAAAAAAUUUUUGCAUCAAAAUGAACUAGCCCAAAGAAAAACAAUAAUUUUAAUGUUUGGAUCACUUUAUAAUGGAUUCAAAACGAAAAAGUCAGAUGUCGAUAUUUCAAUAACUACGAACUCAUAUAUUCCUGAAGUGACAGCCUUGAGCUAUUGGAUUGCUUAGUUAGGAUACCAAACUAGAUUUAAGUUAGACUAGAGUUUUCUCAAAUCUCGAGUUCCGGUUAUAAAAAUAUUAGAUCAAUAAAAUCUCGUCCAUAUAGACUUGUGUUAUAAUAAUUUAUUGGGAGCAAUCAAUACACGGCUACUGAAAGCUUAUUCAUUAUUGAAUCUCAAAGUUAAGUAAGGUGGUGUGUUGUUAAAAGUAUGGGCAAAAGGGGCAAAGAUUGUGACUAAUGUUCUGUUUUCAUCCUAUUCAAUAAUAAUACUUUGGUUGCAUUUCUUACAAGCUAAUUAUGGCCUACCCAAUUUAUAGAAUCAAAAAUAUAAUUUUAAAAACAUUGAUUCCGAUUUAACUAUAAAAAGAACACUUUAUGAUAAAGAGAAUGUAACUAAAAUCAAAACAUUUUUUGUGUAUGAGGGCGAAACUUAUGAGAAAUUAAAAUUAGAAUUUUAAGCAAAAAUUUCAUAAGUUUCUUUGUAAACUCUAUUGCAAGAAUUUUUUUGCUACUAUUCUUAGAACGGAUAGGGAUUUAAUCAGCCUUAUAAGAUCUCAAUAAAUUUAAAGGAACUAAAGGAUUAGGGAUUGUUAUAUUCGAUGUCUGAUCCAUUUGAUCCGCUUCAUGAUCCUUUGAAGAAAAUAAACAAGGCAUUUAAAAACAAUAGGGUGUUUGAUAACGCAACCCAAUUUAUGAAAACUCAGUAAGAAACUUAAUUUUUGUUUCAGGACCUGAAUCAAUAAUUACACUACUGA